GGGUUUAUUACCUAGAUGUUCGGCCCAGUGAAGUCCAGUGUGGGCAGUGGAGUCACAGACUGUGUCCUGUGUGGGCGCUGGGUUCCCUGUAUGAUACACAAGCCUGUUAUUUCAGCUUUAACUGGUCUAACAACAGUAACCUUUUGCUUGAUUAAUCCUCAGACGUACAUUUUGUCUUCUUGCCUCAAACAAAAGGGAGCAAAAGCAAAGCCUUCGUGGAGGAGUUAUUGUCUGGAGGUGAUGGUGAACGGUGAGAAGGAGCGAGUGUCACUGCUGUUCAUGAAGGCUCUGGUCAGCACGGGGAGCGUGGACGCCUUGUCCCAGCAGAUGGCCUCUCACCCUCAGUACUUGGAGAGCUUCCUGCGCACACAGCACUACAUCCUGCACAUGGACGGCCCCCUGCCGCUGCAUUACCGCCAUUACAUUGCCAUCAUGGCUGCAGCACGCCAUCACUGUAACUACCUGGUGUACCUGCACUCAGCCCAGUUUCUGAGGGUGGGUGGGGACCCUCUGUGGUUGCAGGGUUUGGAGGCGGCACCUCCUCGCCUUCGUCUUCUCGACCACAUCAACAAGGUGCUGGCCCACCAACCAUGGCUCACUGCCUGCUCACACAUCCAGACGCUGCUGAAGGCGGGCGAGCAGUGCUGGUCGCUGGCUGAGCUGGUGCAGGCCGUGGUGAUCUUGGCCCACUGCCACUCCCUCUGCAGCUUUGUGUUUGGAUGCGACACAGACUCAGACUUUGUCCCGCUCACCAAAUCUCCUAACGGUACUCCGCCGACCUUCUGCCCCUUCGAUGCUGCCAACGGCAACGCCAAUGUGCCUCAGUCUCUUGCCACUCCCUCGGAACACAUAACACGACGACGGUCUCUGGACUCCAGCUGUGACAUCGUUUGCCUGAAGGAGAGGAUUCAGAAGUCCCAGGAGGAGCGCGAGAAGAGAGAAGAGCGUCUGCUGCAGACACAAACACUCCAGCAAACAGAUAUGGAAGAAGAGGAGGAGAUUAUUUGCUUCGCAGACCCGACACGUUUCAGCACAGACCCCGACUUCUGCUAUCAGGAAUUCACCCGAAGAGAGGAGGACCACUUUCAAGUGUUUAGAGUUCAGGACUAUUCAUGGGAGGACCAUGGCUUCUCCUUAGUUAACCGUUUGUAUUCGGAUAUCGGGCACCUCUUGGACGACCGAUUCAGGAGCGUGACCACCCUCCCCUCGUUGCACAGCCCCGACCUGAAAAGGGCAAUCUGGAAUUACAUCCAUUGUGUGUUAGGAAUACGGUAUGACGAUUAUGAUUACGGAGAGGUGAACCAGCUGCUGGAGCGGGAUUUAAAGUUGUACAUCAAGGCUGUGGCCUGUUGUCCAGAUGCCACCAAAACUCCAGUGUGUCCACUAGGCUGGACUCCACUAAAAACUUCAGAGCGGAUACACGUGAAUUUACUAAUCAUGGAGGCCCGGCUGCAGGCUGAGAUGUUAUACGCUCUGAGAGCCAUCACUCAGUACAUGAUUGCCUAAGUGCUCACAGAGGCACAAAGCUAAACUUUCCGCCGGUACAGAGCGACCCAGAGACACGGGGAUGAAGAAAUCUGAAAAGCAGGCACUUAAAAAGACACAGAGCUGCGUCGUUUUGUCGCUGUGCCUCAUGAAUGUGCUUUUCUUUUUCUCCAGUUUAAUGUAUUUAUACCAUAGUGUGCCACAACUCCCCGCCCCCUCCUCGGCCCCUCUGCAGAUUCUUGUUGUGAAGUCCUCUUAUCAAACAUCUCGGCUCUCAAAGGUUAUGUGCAAUUAUGACUAGAGUUGUUUUAAUUUUUACCUGUUGGUUUGUUCCAGCUCAGUCUGUGAGAAACUGCUUGGUUGUAGCAGUGUGUUACCAAUACUCUCCUUUUUAGUCUCCUUUUGUAUUAACUCUGGGCCCCCCCCCCCCCCCCAAAAAAAACACAUUUUUUUUGUACAAGUUGAAUGUUAAUGGGAGACCAGGGCUCCUGUUUGUUUUUUUUUCCUUUUUUUGGACAAUCCUUGUCAGUGUUGAAGGAGGACAUUAAGGAACGUGAAGUACGACAGUUUUUCUCUCCCUAACAUUUCGUAUUAAUGCUGGUCAAGAACAACAACACAACAGUGACACUGCUGGAAGUUAUCGCAUCACUAUAGUUUCUUUUAAUAAGCACUUUUUUAAACUUUAUAUAUUUAUAAUGCAAGGUAGCUGAUUAGUCGACAUGAAGACGCACAGUGUGUGGGUCGGACGCCUUUCUUCUCCACUGUACGACGUGUAACGAAGAUUUUUAGACGGUUUGUCCUCAAACCUUCAGACUCUGCUUCUGUUCUCAACCCCAGAUUUGUGUGUGAUGUAACUUUAUCCAAUAUAUUUCAGUGAACUAUUGGAAGGAUUUUGAAGGUAAUGGUAAAGGCAAUGUUUGCAACAAAAAAAAACAAUUGUAACUAAACUAAAGAGGGCUGUGUCCUACGGUGAAGAUUAAGCUGAGCCACUCACCGAAUGAUUUUGUCUUUUUGUACCGACGUGCUUCAGAAAUGAUCAAAUCAGAGACUGAAUCAGACCAAAGGUCAUUCAAAAACUUUUCACAGAGAAGUGACGAAUUAGAUAGAUGACAGAGAAGUAGACCUGCGCGGGUCAUGAGUUCAGAUUUUUUGCUCAGAGCUUUGUGUUAAAGCUUUUUUUGUGAGCUGUAUCAAAGCUGAUUAUCAAGUCAAAAUCCACGGUACAAUUUGCAAAGCAGAACAAUGUGCAAACUAGUUGUUAAAUCUUGUAUCUUUUCUGUCUUUUUUUUUUUUUUUUAAUUUUUACAGUUUUUGUAAACUCUAGAGUACUUUUGUUUGUGUUGUCUCUGGGUGUGACAGUAGGACCUGCUUGUUGUACUGCAGCCUGGGUAGAUGUAGAGGUGUGACAGACUGUUUAGAGUUAGACUUCAGUAACUGCGGGACGUAGAUAAGAAACAGAAGUGCAUAUCGACAAAAGCAAAAGCGCUGUUAACACAGGUGCCUUCAGGCUAAAACUGGAGUGCUGCUGAAGUGGAGGGAUGUGACUACUGGAAGCUGAAUGUGAGCUUUAGUUGCAGCCGGGGAACACUGACAACUACAAGACUCGCGGCUGUUCCUACAAGAGAGGGAACUGUCACGUCUCGGUGUCGGUCAGCACCGUUUCUGAUGAACGUGACAGCUCGUGUUUUCUAUCAGACACCUUCUACAAGCCCCAGCAACUCGGCAAGAGCCUUUGACACAGAUGGAUGUGAAAAAAUGUUCAACUUGAGCAGAUUUUUAAAAAAAAUAAUAAAAAAAAAGGACAUUUAUUUAAAAAAAAAAAAAAAAAA